GCUCCUGGCCACCCAGGCCCUGGACGGCGCAGCAAGGGCCAUGGAGAAGACGCGGCCACAGUGGGGCAACCCGCUGCAAUUCGUGUUCGCCUGCAUCUCCUACGCUGUGGGCUUGGGCAACGUGUGGCGCUUCCCCUACCUGUGCCAGAUGUUUGGCGGAGGGAGUUUCCUGGUCCCCUACAUCAUCAUGCUCAUCGUGGAAGGGAUGCCACUCUUGUACCUGGAGCUGGCUGUGGGGCAGCGCAUGAGGCAGGGAAGCAUCGGUGCCUGGAGGACCAUCAGCCCCUACCUCAGCGGUGUUGGUGUUGCUAGUGUGGUGGUGUCCUUCUUCCUCUCCAUGUAUUACAACGUCAUCAAUGCCUGGGGCUUCUGGUACCUCUUCCACUCCUUCCAGGAUCCCCUGCCGUGGUCUGUCUGCCCACUGAAUGGCAACCGCACGGGCUAUGACGAAGAGUGUGAGAGGGCUUCAUCCACGCAGUACUUCUGGUACAGGAAAACGCUCAACAUCUCACCGUCCAUCCAGGAGAAUGGAGGUGUGCAGUGGGAGCCAGCUCUGUGCCUCACCCUGGCCUGGCUAAUGGUGUAUCUGUGUAUCCUGCGGGGCACCGAGUCAACUGGCAAGGUGGUCUAUUUCACUGCAUCACUGCCCUACUGUGUGCUCCUCAUCUACCUGAUCCGUGGCCUUACACUCCAUGGAGCCACCAAUGGCCUGGUGUACAUGUUCACGCCAAAGAUGGAGCAGCUGGCCAACCCCAAGGCCUGGAUCAAUGCAGCCACACAGAUCUUCUUCUCACUGGGCUUAGGGUUUGGUAGCCUGAUUGCCUUUGCCAGCUACAACGAACCCUCCAACAACUGCCAGAAGCAUGCCAUCAUUGUGUCCAUCAUCAACAGCUCCACCUCCAUAUUUGCCAGCAUUGUGACCUUCUCCAUCUAUGGCUUCAAGGCCACCUUCAACUAUGAAAACUGCUUAAACAAGGUGAUUCUGCUGCUGACCAAUUCUUUUGACCUUGAAGAUGGCUUUUUGACAGCCAGCAACCUGGAGGAGGUGAAGGACUACCUGGCGUCUACCUACCCGAGCAAGUACAGCGAGGUGUUCCCACACAUCAGAAACUGCAGCCUGGAAUCAGAGCUGAACACGGCCGUCCAGGGCACGGGCCUGGCCUUCAUUGUCUACACUGAGGCCAUUAAAAACAUGGAGGUGUCCCAGCUGUGGUCGGUGCUCUACUUCUUCAUGCUGCUGAUGCUGGGAAUGGGGAGCAUGCUCGGAAACACAGCGGCCAUCCUCACCCCUCUGACUGACAGCAAGGUCAUCUCCAGCUACCUGCCCAAGGAGGCUAUCUCAGGUCUGGUGUGCCUCGUCAACUGUGCCAUCGGCAUGCUCUUCACCAUGGAGGCCGGCAACUACUGGUUUGACAUAUUCAACGACUACGCAGCUACGCUGUCCCUGCUGCUCAUCGUGCUGGUGGAGACCAUCGCUGUGUGCUACGUGUAUGGGCUGAAGAGAUUUGAAAGUGACCUUCAGGUCAUGACUGGCCAUGCUCUCAACUGGUACUGGAAGGCUAUGUGGGCCUUCGUGAGCCCUGUGCUCAUCGUUGGCCUCUUUAUUUUCUACUUGAGUGACUACAUCCUCACAGGGACGCUGCAAUACCAAGCCUGGGAUGCCACUCAGGGGCAGCUAGUGACCAAGGAUUACCCCCCAUAUGCACUAGCUGUCAUAGGGUUGCUGGUGGCUUCAUCUACCAUGUGCAUCCCCCUGGUGGCUCUGGGGACUUUCAUCAGGAAUCGCCUCAAGACGGGAGGCACAGCCUCAGUGGCCUAAGAGACUGAAGCCAGCCACUGAUUGUUUCACAGCUACUGCCUACAACUGGGAACUCCUUUGCUUGAAGUGCUGGCCUGGGGCCUCCUGAAUCUGUAAAGAAAUAGAAACAUUUCAGGAAGAAGACUCCUUUAGGAGAAAAAUUCCUCAGGAGGUGGCCCUCCACCCCUUUGCCAUCUGAAGGUCAUACCGUGUGGCUUCCUCAUCAUCAAGGGCUAAAGCCAGUCUUGAAGGCCAUUGCUUACUUGAUUCUAGAAAGUCAUAGAAUUAAAGGUACACUGUGAGCUGAAAUUUGUAACUCUUAUGGGGCCAAACGAGCAAUUAGUUUUUGCUAGAAAGAAAAUGGAAUACUAGAGGGCAAUUGCUUUUCAAUCAGUGUCCGAGAUUUUGAAGCAUUUAAAGUGACAUAUUAGAAUAUUGUUGGUAUAAAAUUAAUUCUUUUCUUUAAAGUCACAGUGAAUAUGUAAUUUCUGUGUUCUCUGUUCACUCUCUAAAUGCUACCAGUAUUUAACUGCCACAAAGAGAAACUUUUGUUGGGGAUCCAAAGGAAGUCAUCUUUCUAAGGUUCCUCACAGUAGGUCAGGGCUAAGCUCUCUAUAAAUCAUCAUCCCAUCUACAUUUUAUAUCUCCAGAUUGUACAAGAAAUCUGUGAAGACUCCCUGUCCCUAGGGUUUCAGUCCAGAGGCAUCUAUGAGGAGGAUGCCAGUGAGUCUAACGUUUCCACAGACUCACGAGGCAAGAUUUGGACAGCAUGGCUAACUCUGUUAAAACCACAAACAUUACUUAUAAUCACCUUCAUUCAUCUGUGCUAGUAAUGUUUUCUAAAAUGUACAUAAAUAACAGAGCAGUGUGCAACUGAAGACACACCAUAUUUAUGGUUAUUAGUCCGCCAUGUGAAUUUGUCUUCUUUAUUUUUUACUGUAAUAAAGUGGAUCAAGGCUACUCUAGACCGAGAGUUCUUUCUGCACUAACAAUCUUUGUUCCAUUGAGGUUAUGGAAUUCGAGGACUUCUUUAGUUGUGUCUGUGCUGACAUCUCUGAAGACAGACAUCACUUGGAGCAUCAGCCAAAAAUGUCUUUUUUCUUUUAAACUUCUUUUUCAAGCAACAGUUUACCGGUAGCAAAAGUAGGCAUUAGAAAUGUCUUCUGAGGGGCUGGAGAGACAGCCAGUAGUUAAGAGCAGUUGCUGUUCUUGCAGAGGACCAGA